AUGGCGAGCAAUCAUGGGGAACCUCAGUACUCACGCGACGAGUUCGUCGCUGCUUUGACGUCUUACUACGAAUUUCUCACAGAAAUCUUUCUCCCAAUGUCCGUCUUACAACACCCUCCCCCCAGCGGAUGGGAUCAUAUUGCGUCUGACUAUAAAGAUGAGGCUGUAGUCGACCUAAUGCGGCAUAUUCCAUAUAUUAGAUAUGAUUAUGUAGACAAAGGUAAGCCGUAUAUGAUCUACGAGAGAUGUAUGGCUGCCGACUACGCUGGUGAGAUUGGUAGAAUGGAGUCUACUCGUUAUGACAAACGGGCGCUAUUUGAGCCCGGACCGGAAAUUGAACAGCUUAGCGAUAUCCCAUCUUAUGUAUAUUGUUUGGGAACUAUAGCUGGAGGAAGUUGGUAUGGGAACUACAUCUUCGUUGAUACUCGACGUGGCACGGUCACUGUGUGCGAUUUGAACAAUGGGGCUAAACCGACCGAACUCUCAGAGGAGCCUGAGAACGAGGGAGAUUGUUGGAGGGAACAUGAGACUUAUCCAGCCGUCAAAUUCUUCGAAAAGCUCAAGGAAGAAUGGCGUCAAUUCAAAUUGAUUGCUUGCUCUCGAAAGACAGUCGUGAAAUGGGGAAAUGGUGAUGAGAAGCUUGAACUUAUCAAAAAGAUCUACGAAGAAGAGGGUUUAUUCACUAGUGCCUAUGAUUUGGAGAGAUGUAUGCGUAGGGUUGAAGCAGUAGACUUUUAA